GAAGCUCAUGAUGAUGUUUGCCAGCGUAAUCCGGACCUUGGCGUGGUCUUUCCUUUUCUGUUUCAUCGCGACAACGCUGUGGUCCAUGGUAGCUGUGGAGCUCGUACAUCCUGUCGUGCAGGAGCUUGCAGAAGAGGGCGUUUUCAGUGAUUGCAAAGAUUGCAGGGAUGCUUUCAGCACGGUCUUGCAGUCCAACCUCACCUUUCUGAAGACACUGUUGGCCGGGGACAGCUGGGGACAGAUUGCCGUUCCAGUCAUCCGCCGACAGCCGUAUACUGCCGCCAUUUUUGUCGGAGGCCUC